AUGUCUUCAAAUUUAAUUCAAAGUAUAAAAGAACUAUUGGAAGUUGGUGAACAAGAAAACUUGUCUCCAAAUUUAAUUCAUAAAAAAUUACAAAAAUUAUUGGAAGAAGCUGUACAAGAAAAUUCUAGUAGAACUGCUAAUUCAAGUUUCAAUUCAGUUGAUGAAGACCCGGAUAAUAAUCAUGCAGAAUUGGAUAAGAUUAAUGAUAUCGGCCAACUGGUUUCAAAUAGUUUCCUCAAAGACUUGAAUAAUACAAGCAAAUUAAUUCACACUUUUGAUACAAUGAAAGAAGACAUUAGAAAAAUAUAUUUUAAUGUCAAUUUGCCAAAAGAUGGAGAUAUUGAGGAAUGGAAAGAAUAUGUCAAUACUUUAUUAAUUCACUAUAACAAUUUGAUGAAUGAUGGACCAAUUGAUUAUAAUUAUGGUAUUGAUAUAACUGAAAUUAAUAAAAUAAAAAAUCAAAUUAAAAAUGCAUUCUUACAACAUUUAAGAGAACAAGGUGAUGAAAAUAACUUGUACAAGAUAUUUAGUAUAAAAAUUGGGUAUGAUGCUUCAUUAGAAGAGUUCAUCAAGUAUCUUGAUGAAAAUCCAAUAUUCACCAUCGCAGAAAAUAUUGAGUUAUUUUUUGAUUCAAGAAUAGAAUUUAUGAAAAUACCAAGAACGUUCAAUGAAGUAUUCGAUUUUUGGUUAAAAUUAAUUGAAAGUGAUAAUCCAUUAUAUCAAUUUUUGUCUGAACUUGGAGCCAUACACUUCGAACUUUACCAAAGUCUUGAAGAUGAUACUGUCACAAAAAAAGAGUAUCUUAUGUUAAUUGCAAAACUAUACAAGGAAAAAUUGGAAUUUAAUGAUCUGCAAGAAUCUUUUUCAAUGCCAGACUUGGAAUUUUUUGCCAAUCAGAUAAGUUCGGAUGUUAGACCAACCAUGGAAUAA